UUAAAAUCAACCAAAUUAAACAAAAACCAUGAGAUGCCGCCUGAGAAAAUGCUGUUGCCUCAUUUCCCUAAGAGUGGGUUGUAUGAUCAGUGCCCUAGUAUUGUUUUUCUUCCAACUGAUUGCAGUUCCUUUGAGAAAUGCAACAUCUUGCUGCGAUUCCUUUGAAAGUGUCCUGUUAGUGGUAUAUCGAGUUUUGGAUAUGGUGCAUUUCAUUGGCUGUCUAAUGCUAUUCGUGGCCUCAUUUGUGAAAGUAUCCGUACUCGUGUUAAUUUUUCUCAUCACGAGCUGUUUACACAUUGCACUGUAUCCUGGCUUUCUGGUUGCUGAACUUUUGAUUUGGGAUGCAGAUCUCAUUGACAUAAGCUUGUCCAUCUGCGGACUACGUAAGUCGCUGCUGGUUUUAGGUAUUUAUUUCUGGCUUGUGGCAUACGCCUUUUAUUACAAAUGCAAGGAGGAGCUUAUUACCGAUGUGCCCACAGUGAUCAUUGCGCGCAAGAAAGAAUCGGUUGUAUCAGCAGUUUAGCUCACUUGAAAAAUAAACAAUAAUUUAAAUAUAAAUAUAUGCGCUAU